AUGAAGGUUGUAGACUUGGCUCUGGGCAUCCUGAUGGUCAAAUGCAUCUUUGUGUGGAAAUGCACCUAUAAAUGCUGCCUAUACCCACUUUACACUCUCCUCUCUCUCUUUCAGAGCUCAGAUACCAGCGACAGGAAGGUUCGCAGGAGAGAAAAGAACAGAGUUGCUGCCCAGAGAAGCCGGAAAAAACAAACACAGAAAGCUGACAAACUGCAUGAGGAAUAUGAAUGUUUGGAACAGGAAAACUCAUCCUUGAAGAAGGAAAUCGGGAAACUAACAGAUGAACUGAAACAUCUUAGCCAAAUUCUGAAGGACCAUGAGCAAAUAUGCCCGUUUCUGCACUGCCCAGUGAACUAUGUGACGGUGCCCCGAGUGACAGAUGCUGUUCCUGGCUGUUUGCCGCGGUGACUUCCUGGCUGUGAAUGUCAUUUCCUCUUUGACCUACGGCCACAUUUUCUGCUGUAUCCUGAAGCCAACAGAAUCCCCCCCCCCCCCCCCCCGGUGCAUGACGCCAUAAACACCUCUGUGAUUGUUACUGCAGGGAAAAGACAAAUAUGAUGGAAUCGACAACUUACCUAUCACUGUUCCAUGUCCUGUAAACCAAGAUGGCUCCUGGAAAUGAGAACUUGACCUCCUGGUUUCUACUGCUGCUUUGUCUAAGGAAGGCCAAGCGCUACACCCCCUUGUUCUACAUGAGCGCAAUGAAUAGGGCUUGUGCUGAACAUACUUUUGGAUUAUUGUUUUUUUUAUCAGAAGAAAUCUAUGAUUUUUGUUAUUUCUCAAGCUAAAUAAGGAAACUAAAGCUGCUCUAUGUUUGUUACUUGCAAGAAUGUUAUUACCAGUAUUCAACCCCCUCCCUUCCCCUUUGUUGUGACUGUUCUGUUAGGAGCAGCCUAUUAUGCAGGGAGAUUAUCUGUGCACUGGAAUCGAAUUAUCUACUUCUAUCUACUAUUUAUGCACCAAACAUGGAGCAGCGUCAGUUUCCCUGUUUUCUCAAGAAACAUCAAAUAACAUAGAUUUUUCUUAGUUAAAUUAAUAAACAAAAAUUAUGUUUAGCCCCCUAUUCAUUUGUUUAUUUUAUUUCCCCUACUUUCUAACUCAAUAUAAUUAAUCCUUAUUGGGGGCAAAACAAUCCUGUUGGGAUUAAUUGUUAAAUGAUUUUUUAGUAUUUAUCAGUUUUAGAGUGUGUGAAUUUGAGUUUGUUUUUCUAAAUUGAAUAAACUUGCUUAUGGAAUGCUCGCUUAUUUAUUAAUGAGGUAAGCGUGUGUGAAAAAAACUCUAAUACCUCGAAUUUCUGAGUUUACAAACUCAAAUAAAACUUGAAUAUCUUGGCAGCUCCCAUUGACUUCUAUAGAAACUCACAAGCUUUUCGAUGCCGAAGUUUUACGUGAUAGUUUUUGGGCUUUUUUGCGCUUAAUAAAUGCCAGACAUUUGGGUUUUUGAACCAUAACUCGUAUUGUGCCAGUUUUAGCACUAAAUAACUUGAAUAAGGAAAAAAAAACGAACACAUUUGAAUGUUGAUUAAUCUCCUCCUUAAUUUAUGGAGAUGCAAAUUACAGAAAGACUCCUUAUCCGAGAAUACCCCAGGUCCGGAGUGUUCUGGAUAACAGGUCCCAUACACCUUUACUUUGUUUGUUCAGGGUUUAAGCGUCUUUUAUACUUUAUUGUUAUAAAGUGUUUUGUUUAUUACAUGCAAAAUGUAUUUAUAAAAAUAGAUUU